AUGGUUGCACCAUCUACUCCCACCGCGCACGGACACCUCCUUCGCGACCGCGCGACUAUCAAGGCCGCAGGCGCCGGUGAAGCUUUCGCCGGGCUUCGACUCGCGGAAGCGGACUCGGACCCUUCGCCGCAAGAAGGCCAGCCCCCAGCCAACUUGGGCUGGGGCGAAGGCUACCAAGAUGCGGCGGAGCAGGGUACGUUUAGAGCCGCCACCAUCACCACCACCACCAGCACCGCCACCAGCACCACUGCCGUUACAAAGAGUCGUCCCAAGGCGAUCAAGUACCGAAGGGACCUCUAUCGCGCUGGCCGCUGA